AUGAGUACAGAGUUACAACAAAGUAAUGAGGCAUCGGACAAAUAUUUGAACACUUCUCCUGAAUCCAUUAUUCUUGAGUAUAACUCAUCAACUGCUUUUCGUGAGGUUGAUGCGGCUGCUGAUUCCACACAAAAACUUCAAAUGGAAAAUAUGAGUUGUAGAAGCAGUAGAAAAGGUGCUGUUAUGAAUUGGUGCUAG